CACAAGAAUAAAUGUACAUUUGCCGGCAGACACGAGGCUUUUAGUGACGACUUGACGAAACGCGCCGACCGUGUGCUGCGUCUUCUUCGAUGUGUUGAGAUUCCUCAAGAAGGUGUCAAGAAAAUAAUUUUCGAGAUCGAUUCAGGACCGACUAAUGAUCUUUAGUUAUUAACGUUCACUCUAAGGUAUUGAAUACAGAUAAUGGAACUUGUACGAUGGCCACCGUUCACUACUGUUAUGUCGUCUACGACGCUAUUUCUCUUUCUCUUAUCCUUCGUAAGCGCACAAUUGGAUCUACCGGGUCUGCGUGAGUCGAAUGACGACGGAUUUGGGCGACAACUUCCUUCAAACGAGCUGGACUACCGAAACAUUUUAGCGAGAUUGGAUUUUCUCGGUGCUGAACGAUGCAGUGCAAACGUAGCUGCUCAGUGGGGCUAUGAAACCGACGUCAACGAAUAUACGCAAUUGCAAGCACUCGAAGCCCAGCAGCUGUACGCUGAUUUUCAAAAUCAAGCUUGGCAGUUGAUUUCUAGAAUUGAUAGCAACAAUAUAAUGGAUCCAAUAAUAAGACGUCGUCUAAGAUACCUCUCUGUGGUUGGCCCAUCGGCUCUUCCUUUAGACCAAUUAGACAGAUAUAAUCGAAUAAUCAACGAUAUGCUUGCAAUUUACAAUGGAGCGACCAUAUGCGCGUACAACGAUCCGUUUAACUGUGGGCUUCGUUUAUACCCAGAUAUCGCUGGAAUCAUGGCGAAAAGUCGAAAUUGGGAUGAAUUGCAAUACGUGUGGACGGAAUGGAGAAGACGUAGCGGUGCUCCGAUGAGAGAUCUUUAUCAGCAAUUAGUAACAUUAAACAACGAAGCAGCCAAAUUGAACAAUUUCUCGGAUGCUGCACAAUAUUGGAUGUUCCCUUACGAAUCUGUCGACUUUCAACAAGAAAUUGAAAAUGUAUGGGAAAUUAUUAGACCACUUUAUGAGGAACUUCACGCCUACGUUAGAAAAAAGUUGAGAGAUUUGUAUGGACCUGAAAAAAUCAGUGGACACGCUCCACUUCCCUCUCACGUAUUAGGAAAUGUAUGGGCUCAGUCAUGGAUAAACAUCCAAGACAUAACAAUUCCUUAUCCUGGCAAAAAUUAUUUAGAUGUUACACCAGAAAUGCAAGCUCAGGGUUACACGCCGAUAGAUAUGUUCCGAAUCGGUGAGGAAUUCUACUUAUCCUUAAACCUGAGCGCUAUGCCCCCAGAAUUCUGGGCAGGCAGCGUUAUCGUCGAUCCCGGUAAUCGUCCCUUGAUUUGUCAAGCCUCGGCAUGGGAUUUCUGCAAUCGUCUGGAUUACAGAAUCAAGAUGUGUACGAAGGUCACCAUGAAAGAUCUCAUCACCGUGCAUCACGAGAUGGCUCACAUUCAGUACUUUUUACGAUACAGUGGACUUCCUCGUGAAUUUCGAGACGGUGCUAAUCCAGGCUUCCACGAAGCUAUCGGUGAAGCCGUGGCCCUGAGUGUAGCUACGCCGCGUCAUCUUCAGACUUUGGGAUUAGCAAACAAGUACAUCGAUGAGCCUGCAGCCGAUAUUAAUUAUCUCUUCUCCUUGGCCAUGGAAAAAUUGGUCCUUCUUCCGUUCAGCCUCGCCGUGGACAAAUGGCGAUGGGACAUCUUCCGUGGCUACAUCAACCGAGAAGAGUAUAAUUGUCACUGGCACAGAUUGAAGGAACAGUACAGCGGCGUGAAACCACCUGUCCUCAGAUCCGAAGAUGAUUUUGAUCCUGGUGCAAAGUAUCACAUUCCCGCUAAUAUUCCAUAUAUUCGAAAUUUCGUGGCUGGAAUCCUUCAGUUCCAAAUUUACCGUGCUCUAUGUCAAGCUGCGGGUCAAAGAUUCCCCGAGGAUCCACGAAGACCACUGCAUAAAUGUGAUUUUUAUAGGAGUCCCGAAGCUGGAAGACUUCUCGGAAAUUUGAUGGAAAAGGGCUCGUCGAUGCCAUGGCAAGAAACACUCGCACAAGCGAUCGGAGAAUACAGAUUGGACGGAUCCGCUUUAAGAGAAUAUUUCAGACCACUCGAAGACUGGUUGAGAACAGAGAAUCUGAGGUCCGGUGAGGUUGUUGGUUGGUCUUACGAUGGCGAUUACUGCAAACGUAGUAUAGAAACAGCCGGACUACAAGUUUACGGAAGUGGCUAUUACAACUCUGCAUUUUCAAUGUUCGAAACGUCUCGGAUACUCGGAACAACGAUCAUUCUUUUAAUUGCGAUAUUCCUCAAUUAAAAGAAAUCGACGAAUUCUACAAACAUGUGAACUACGAACAUUACAAAAAAUGGAUAAGCAUAUGCCUAAGAACUAUAAAGUGAGAAAAAAGUAGUUGAAAUCAAAAGAUUCGUUCAAAGGGUCCAGUGUAAAAGAAAUGUUAAUUUCGUUGAUCAUUAAGUUUAAUAUUUCUUUAACGAAUACUCGGUGGAAAGAAAUAGAAAUACUUAAUUCUUUGAUAUAACGUAUGUGAACUUAUGUAUGUUUGUGUGUAUCACGCAAGGAUAUAAGUCUUAUAAAUUGCGUUCCACGCUCAUCCGUAAUCAAUGUCUGUAAUCAUUUGUAAUCAGCACUUUUCAUUAUCUUGAUUUAAGUGUUGAUAAAACAUGAAUAAAAUUAUCGACUUUCUCAUAAUUAUUAUAUUAAUAAUUUCAUUCGAUUCGCAAUUACGUGAAUCUAUACGAGUCUCAUUUGUUUACAAUUUUAACAAUAUACAAUCAAGUUAUUCUUACAUCGAUCAUUACAUCGGAAAAGCAGUUACGAAUCCGCUGAUAGAAAUCGUUGCAAGAAAAUCAUACAGGAACCUGUUAUCUGAUCUCGUCAGUAUAAAAUUCGCGCUCGUACUUUUUGUCAUUCGCUCGAAUGACUUUUUUUCUCGCAAUUACAUGCGUUUAAAAUCCAACUACUUUCUCAAAGAGGGAUGGAAGAGAAUGAGAAAAGAAAGAGAGAGACGCAGAGAGACCAUAGCUGCUUUCAUGCGGUGAAAUGCAAUUGUAGCGAGGAAGAGAUGUCCAGAAAGUGGUUCGCCCAGUUUCGUAAUUUAAAGACGCGGAAACGACGAGCAUCCCGGGAAUGUCGAAAAAGUAGCCAAGGAAAGUCGGAGAUACGUGUGUUUUCAUAAAGUUGAGUAAACACGACGAUUCAAAGUGACCCGUUACAGUCCAUAAGUGAUUCGAAGUUUUCUUCGAUUACUUAUUUUGAAAUGAUGAACAGAUACGAAUCAUGAUCGAUUAUAUUGUCGAGAAAGUUUUGUUGAAAAGUAUGUCACAUCGAUGCGUUAAAAUAAUACAAUUAACUAAAUGAUGUUUCGUCAUCGUGUUUAAUGACUGAAUCAAUUCCACGUACGGUCUUGGUCAUACACUUACGUAAUAUGUUAGUGUUCUUAGAUCGAACGUGUUGGAUGACUGCUCGACUGAUUGAACGUUCGUGAUAAAUGAGAACUCUGUUCUAUUUUUCGAGUGAUUGGCGUCAGAGCAGAACAAGCCAAUUCUCUUUUAAUAACCAUAGUUGUCUACUAGAUUUCCUCUUAUUCGCAGUUUCGAUUUUACUGAUACGCGUGAAACACAUUAUUGGGUGUCUGAUUAAAUCGCCCAAUCGAUUCAUAUUAAGAAACGAAUAUAAAAAGAAAUUUGAAAAAGGUUACAAUAAAAUAAUCAUAACGUAAUUAUUUAUUUAUUCAAAAUUAGCUUACCAAUAUCGUUAAAUCGUACAUACUCUUAAUGUAAUUUCCAAAUUAUAUAAAAUUGAUAUUAAAAAUAAGCUACAAGAUAUACGAAUAUAUGUAGAUGAAAUAUGUACAAAUGAAAAUAAAGAAGGUACCGAAGUACUUAAGGUUCCUUCGAGCGUAAUAAAAAGGAAGGGUGACAUCAAAUAGAAAGGAAGAGUUUUGCGACCUGGCCCAAAACUGGUUCGUCCACUUGCGUAAUCGGAAGACCGGGAAGUCGAUCCUUUCCGCGAAACGUCUGCAACGCGCACAAUGAACCGACUGGUCAGCCAGCAGCCAGCCACUUUCAC